UCCUAUCAGAACUACCCUUCCACUCUCCCCAACCCCAUCCAUAGCCUUAAAUAAAUACAGGCUUCGCUGCGCGUGGGAUGUUUGUCUCUCUCUCUCUUCACUGUACACACCCUGCAGACUCUCUCUCUCAGUCUCUUCUUUAUCUUGAGCCGCAGAAAGACGGACCAGCCUUUUUCAGAAACAGAAGGCUCUCUCUUUAACCACUGCCAAGUGCCAAGUGCCAAAUGCCAGAACCUGAAGAGCUUGGAGCUUCAUUUCCUGGGACUUUGCACCAAACACACCAAUCCCACCUAAUCUCCGCUUGCUUUUAGAUUGAUUUGAUCAUCCUUUCAUUCCAAUCACUCGCUCUUUUCGCGUCAAGUCAUGUUGGUACUCACUGCACGUAUACAAAAAGUCCAUUCUCCAGUUCUUCUCUUUUCGCAGGUUUUGUACCGUGGAAUCGUCGUUCUGCACUUCUGCUACUCUGUAAUGCCGUUUUCCUCCCUUAACAGAAUCAUACUACAUUAUUGCAAGGUCUUUUGCGUUAUCGAGAAAAUCUUUUUUGUGUGUUUUCGUAUCUGACCCAUUUGAGUACCUCUUCUUUUAGGACCAUUCUUUGCUGUGUUGUGGGUUUAAGCUUCUUCGCUCGAAAAACUUCAUGGCUAUUUCUUUGGUGGGUUUUACAGAGAUUUUGGAGGUUUUUCCAUUUGAUUGUUGUUUGGGGAGAUGAGCGAAGCGAGUGGGAAGACGACAGGGUCGUCUUUGGCGAUCAUUGAGAAAAGGACUAACAGACCUGGUGGUUGUGUGGGUAUUCUCUUCCAUCUCUUCGAUUGGAACAGUAGGUUUGUCAAGAAGAAGCUCUUCUCCCGGAGACUACUUCCCCCAGCUCGUGGAACACAAGUUUCAAAGAAGUUUGGAGAUGAGAAGAUGCCCAAGGCACAGCUUAAACUGAUUGCUGACGAGAAUAGUGGGGGUUUUCCAAAUGCAAAGACGAAUGGGAAUCACAGUGUUUCCGAUAAGGGGCAAACCCAUGAAAUGCGCGAUCCUGGUUUGGUUGCUAGGCUUAUGGGUCUUGAAUCCAUCCCAGAUUUGAAAGGAGAUAGGCUGGAAAAGGUUUCGGUCCUUUCGGAGAGGGGGGUAGAGAAAUUUGUUAGUAGUCCUGCUGUAUGUGAAAGGGGGGAUUUAAGUUUAGACAAGGUAAAAGCAAAGCUUGAUUUCAGACCUCAAAAGCUUCAGAAAACAGGGCAGUGCCAGACACAAGGUGCAACUAGAUGUGGUGCUGAUGCAUUGAAUAUGAUGAGUGUUUUGUCACAAAGUAGAAAGCAUCAUCCACCGAAGCUUGCUCCACCGGUGAAAAGUCCAAGAAUAUCCUCUGCGAGGAAUUCAUGUAGGGCAUCUAGGUUGAUUUAUGCUGCUACAAGAAUUCUGGAACCUGGUUUGCAAGCUACGAAUAGAGCAAAAUGCACUCUUACUUAUUCAAGUUCAAUGCAUUAUCGAGUGAAAGAUGAUGUUUUGACUGACGAAGCAGGAACUCUGUCCCCAGAUGUAGCGAACCAAUCCAAUUAUAAUGUGAACGUGGGUAUGGAUUUGAUGGGUCAGACUUCUUACAAAACUUGUGGCAAUACGCUUGAUGUUGUCAAUUCAAGAGUAGAUUUGGAGGGUCAGCCAUUUAUUUAUUAUCCGAUGUCUGCUCUGAACAUGCUCAAUGACUCUGCAUUAGAAGUAGGAAGAACUAAGGCAAGGGUACUUGUGUCCUCUCUCGAGCAGGAAAGAGAAGCAAUGUCUCAGAGACAUCGAGAUCAUCCCAUAUCACUUGGUGGUUGCGAAAAAGGCAGCAUUCAAGCUCAUGAUGAUCCCACUGUGGAGAGGAAACUUCGAUGUCUAGAAGGUCAAGCUCAUUGGCAUUUAGCAAGCCAUCGGUGCAAGGUUCCAAGAGAUGAAUCAUCUUCUUGUUCCUCUAAGAUCAGGACUCAAUCUUCGAAUUGGAAGUCCUUAGUCAGAGAGAGAAUGCCACCAAGGGCUAAAUCAAGUAAUUUACGAAGCAGGAGAACGUCGGUGGCUGUCAUUGCUGUGACUGAAGCCAAAGAUUUUAUUUCCUUGAACAGAAGCUCAAGUGGUCAAACCCCACUAAGGAUACCUUGUGAGGGGGAUACUCAUACGUUUGAUUCCAAUGAACAAUUUAGCAACGGGCAGGAUAAAUCCUUAUCAAAUUUGAGAAACCCAAUGUUCAAUAGGCAAACUGAAAGUCCUUGUGACAAUUCUGCAUUUGGAAAGCAUAGAAACGCGAAGUGUGGUGGUGUGACUGGGAAAGAGAUGGGGGUUAAUUCUCCCUCCCAGACUUGCAGAUCAGCUUGUCAUUGUAACCUUGAUAGAUCCAUUACCCAUAAGGACAGUGAUGUUGUAUCUUUCACCUUUAAUUCCCCACUGAAAUAUAAGGCUGGAAUUUCAUCUCAACUGAAGCUGAAAAGAGACGAUCAAAUUGACAUAACUAGGAAGAGUACUUCUGAACAGCACAAUGAAAUAGUGGAUGGAAGUGUGAAACAUGUGUCUUUGCAGAAGCAAUUGCCAUUGAAAGGAGAUGCUUUAGGUGCUCUUCUGGAACAAAAGUUGAAGGAAUUGACUUGUCAAGAAGAGGAUGAAAUGGUGUCUGGGGAUAAUCCAGCAAAGAGAUCCACGGCCAUUAUUCUUCAGGAGCUAAUAUCUGCUUUAACUGCUGAGCAGCCCAUGUCUGAACAUGGGCAUAUGUUGGAUGCAGAAAAUGCUUUCCAGAGCAAAGGCAAGCUAGAAGGGACUUGUGUUGGUUUUUUUUCAAGGGAUGCUGAUCAUCUUAGUCCUGGAUCUGUUCUUGAAGUUUCAUCCUCAACUGACAGUUGCACUUCCAGCUGCUUAGAUAAUAGCUCAGGACAUAGGCUCAACUUUGACUCCAUCAACUACCAUGAACAAUUGCAACCAACAGAACCUGAUCCUGAUCGCCUUGAUUCAGCAACCUUCUUUAACGAAAGGAAAAUUGAAGAAAAGACGGCUUCCCAUAUUGCAAACCAUGUUUCUGAGAUACUAAAUAGCAUCAAUCUUGGAGGUCUUGGGUUGACUGGAAAGCAGCUUAGUCAUGCUAAGGGGGUUAUCUUGAAUUCCGAACUGUUAUUCGGAACUGCAACUCAUCGUCAUGCAAAUGGAAUAAGAGAUUUUUUCUUCGGUCCCUUUCUACUUGAUGAAUUAGAAUCUCUGGCUGAUGAGACAUGGACGAACAUCAACUGGCUUCUUGGUUUUAUGGAGACCAAAGAAGGAAAUAAUCUAUUUAGGGGAUUCCUUUUCGACUGUGUCAUAGAAGUAUUAGAUUCAAAAUAUUGCCAGUACUGUAACUCUGGAUUCAAGUCCUUUGCGAGAUUACCAUCAUACAUGAACACAGAAAAUCUUAUUCAAGAUGUUGGAGAAGAGAUUCAAAAGUGGGAAAGUCUUGUUGGGAUGAUCCCGGAUGAACUACUAGAUUGGGAUAUGAAUCACUCCUUAGGCAAAUGGGUAGAUUUUGAUAUGGAAGCAUUUGAAAAUGGUGCAGACAUAGGCCGGGAUAUACUUCAAAUUCUGGUCGAGGAAAUUGUGGUAGACUUGUGGGAGUGCCGGCUAACUUCUUUCGACUGACAUACUUCCACACAUUUGUUUCUUCAUUUUGUUAGUCAAUGCUACAUGUUCUAACUUGCUCUGUACAAAUUGAUGGAGGUGACUGAAGGGUGAUAUUUAUUUGUAAGGAUUUUUGAAUAACGUUAGUCCUGAUCAUUGUGGAUGUACAUGAUUUUCUUGGAUGCUGCUUUGUUUCUAAAUAGCCUAAGGCAGCUUUAUACAGUUUUCUUGGUGAAAAUAGAUAGUUUUAUGUGA